GCUUGGAUUAAAGCUGGGGCACUGGAAGAUCUUCCACACUGCUCUGCAACAUCUCUCCACAUCUUCAUCACUAUCGUCAUCAUCAUCAUGCCUGAACUGAGGACCAACAACAUGCCCUUCAAGGUCGGACAGACCAUCACUGUGACGGGAAUUCCUGACGCUGAUGCUGCCGAUAAGAUUUCAAUGAACUUCGGGCCCAAUGAUAAAGACAUUGCUCUCCACAUUAACCUCCAAUUCAGCACCAACACCGUGGUGUAUAACUCUUAUGAGGGUGGGGUGUGGGGCCAGGAGGUCUUUGGAAAAGGGUUUCCUUUCAAGCAGGGGGUGACCUUUUCUAUCACUAUCACUUUCACUUUUGGAGAGUUUGUGAUCACCCUGCCAGAUGACCGAACUGUCCAUUUCCCCAAUCGCCUGGGGGGAACCGAGUACACUGAGUUCUUUUCUGACGGAAAAAUUCGCAUUGAGAGCCUGAUGGUGAAGCAAUGAACCUGACCACAGCCACUGUGACUUCACAGCUGACCUGAGCUUUUACAUUCAACACAGAACUACAAAUGUCAUGUGACGGAAUGCAUUAAAGCUCCUUACGA